AUGCCUUCGUCUCCUCCUAAACCUCCUCCUUUACAGCGCACUUCCACGUUUUCCGAGCGAUUGAAGAAAUCCUCCAUCCCGUUAUCCUUUUCCGUCCACGACCACUUCCAAUCCGUGUUCCAAUUGGAGAAAACAAUCUUACUGAAACCGCAAAACGUUCGCUUCACCGUCGGCGCCUCCGCGUUCGUCCAAAAGAAAGAAAUAAGUACCUACGGGAAACUCGAAUACGACGUGCCUUCAAAAGUGUCUCUUCUCGACGAAAAAGAGUUCAACACGUGGACACCGACGAUCGUUUUAGACUCGAGCCAAGUCGAAUUGAAGAAGAAGUUCCGCGCGUUCGAAAGGAACAAAUUCGGGAAAUGUUCCGUCUCGUUGUCCUGUGGGUACAACUUCAAAAAACGAGAUCCGUUCUUCGCGUUCGAGGCGGUACCGUUAAACCCGUUAAUAUUAUCCGUAGGCGCCAUAGGCGUGAUGAAAGAAAUCGGCCACGCGAGUGGGAAACUGGAACGGGAAGUGAAACUCCCGUUCGCGAGUGGGAGUCGAUGUAAGAUUUCAAUACCGGUGGACGUGACGAGAGAGAAACGGACCAACGCGUUUCGAGUAAGGGCGAACGGGAGCGCGUGUACCGUGAAGUUGAAAGAACAGAUGAUCACCAUCGGGAUUACGAAUAAAAAGACGACGAAUUUGUUACGAUAA